AUGAAUAAUCUUUUGAAAGAUCAUGAAUUAGGAAAUGAAGAAGAUAUAUUUAAUAACUUAACAAAAUUGUUAGAGGAAUAUAAAGAAGAAAAUGAUAAUGUUCUUUAUCAUAAAAUGAAAAAUGAAGCAUUGUGUUUAAAAAAUGUAAAUGACUGGAUGAAAAAUAAAACAGGAUUAGUAUUACCACAAUUAACAUAUGAUUUAACAGAUGAAAACAAUGAUUUUACAGAGGUCACACAAAAUAAAAAUUAUACUUCUGAAAAUAUUGUAGAUAAAUUAUAUUGUAAUAAUGAAUAUUGUAAUAGAUUAAAAGAUCAUAAUAAUUGUGUAUCCAAAAUAAAUGUAGAAGAUCAAAAGAAUUGUGCCUUAUCAUGGGCUUUUGCAUCUAAAUAUCAUUUAGAAACUAUUAAAUGUAUGAAAGGAUACGAACCUGUAAAUACAUCUGCUUUAUAUGUUGCAAACUGUGGUAAAAAUGAAAAUAAAGAUGUAUGCACUGAAGGAUCGAAUCCAUUAGUAUUCUUACAAACAGUUGAAGAAAAGGGAUUCUUACCAACAGAAUUAAAUUAUCCAUAUGAUCAAUCUAAAGUUGGAGAUGUAUGUCCAGAAGUACAAAAUGACUGGGAUAAUGCAUUUGAAAAUGCUAAAGUAUUAGAUUAUAACAAUGAACCAUUUUCUUUAGGCACCAAAGGAUAUACUGCAUAUGAAAGUGAACAUUUUGAGGAUAAUAUGGAUUUAUUUAUAGAUAUGGUAAAGAGGGAAGUACAAAAUAAAGGUUCAGUUAUUGCUUAUGUAAAAGCUGAAAAUGUCUUAGGAUAUGAAUUAAACGGAAAGAAGGUUCAAAAUUUAUGUGGUGAUAAAACACCUGACCAUGUAGUUAAUAUUGUUGGUUAUGGUAAUUAUUUAAAUGAUGAAGGUGAGAAAAAAUCUUAUUGGCUUGUAAGAAAUAGCUGGGGUAAAUAUUGGGGAGAUGAUGGUUACUUUAAAGUUGAUAUGUAUGGACCAUCAAACUGUGAAAAUAAUUUCAUCCACAGUGUAGUAGUAUUUAAUGUUGAUUUACCUGUAAAUGAAAACUUCGAUAAAAAAGAGCAUGAUAUAUAUAAUUACUACUUGAAGAAUUCUCCAGAAUUCUAUCAAAACCUUUAUUAUAAAACAUUUAAUUCAAAUAAAGAGGAAACAUCUAUGAAUAACAAUCUUAUGUUUAUGACAGAAUCAUCUGAUAGUGGAAGACAACAGACAACAUCAUCAGGUACUGGAGCACAACCAACAGGAUCAUCAUUAACUGAAACUCAAGGAGGAUCGCAAGUAAGUGGAGUUGUACAAGGACCAAGAUCAUCCUCACAAGGAGUGCAACAAGUAUCAGGGCCUUCAUCAAAAGAAGGAUCACCACCAGGAGCUGCAGAAACAAAAGGAACAGAAACUACAGUAUCAACUGCAGAAGGAUCAUCAGGAGUAUCAGCUCCUGCCAAGGAAGAUACAACCGCAGAAAAGAUCCAAAUAAUGCAUGUAUUGAAACAUAUAAAGAAUAGUACAGUUAAAAGAGGUUUAGUUAAAUAUGAUCAUGAAUUUGAAGUAGGAGAUAAUUCUUGUUCAAGAACUACUUCAAAAAAUCCAGAUAAUUAUGAAGAAUGUGUAAACAUUUGCAAAGAAAAGUGGUAUGAUUGUAGAGGAACACCUGUUCCUGGAUAUUGUUUAAGUGCUUUUGAUAAGAAAAAUGAAUGUGAUUUCUGUUAUGUAUAA